CCCUGGGAAGCAGACCAUACACUUUCAACUAGGCGUAUCUUUAUCUUCAGCAAGAUAAUGCGAUGCCCUCUUUACUCUCGGCGCUCAGCCGUAUCAGCUCGGAGUGUCUGAAGUUUCCUGUUGCAAUCAACGUCGUGGUAGAAAGGCUUUAAAAACACUUUGGGACGGGAGCGUCCCGGACAGAAAAAGAGUACUUUCAAACUAGACUAGUGUGAACGAACUACCAUGACUGCAAAUAUCUAUCCCGACGCUUACGUACAAGGCAAUGACUGGAUAAAAGAUGCAAACCUCGCCGCAUUGAUGAGGACAACAUUUACAAAACCUUCUAUUCAGUGUGAAGAGAUCCUUGAUAUUGGUUGCGGUACGGGGGACUUCACAAGUGAUGUGCUACUGCCCAGGCAUCAUUCUUGCAGCAAGAUUGUAGCUGUUGACGUAUUAUCAACCAUGGUGGACUACGCGAAAAAAAAUCACGGACACUCACGUAUCUGCUACGAGGUCCUUGAUGUAACCUCGCCGGACGUUUCCCUAUUUCUGGAGAAACAUGGAAAGUUUGACCGGAUUUACUCUUUCUUCUGUCUGCAUUGGGUCAGAGACCAGGAAGCGGCUUUCACGAACAUCGGAAGGCUUUUGAAAGAGGAUGGAGAAUGUCUACUUUUGCUCUUGGCUCCAUUUUGUCUGUAUGAAGUAUGGCUAGAGAUGGCCGGAUUGGAACGUUGGAAAGACAUAAUUAGUCAGGACCCCAAAGAUCUUUUCCCAGACAUCUGGCACUGCGAUCCGUCACCCAGCCUGAGCGACCUUGAGAAGUCUCUACGGAAACUGAUUGUCGACGCAGGAAUGAAAACCCUCGGAUGCGAGGUUUACUCAACAGACGCCGGCUAUAGCAGCCUUGGAGACGUACUGGCCUUGCUUGUUCCAAUCGUUUUGGUGAAGUCGGGCACAUCAGAGGAGGAGGCAUCGAGCAUGAGAAGCGAACUGUCGUCGAGGCUGAUGAAGAAAUCAAGGAUGGCGCCUCCUGGUUGGAGCGUCCCCGUCGAUAUAUUUCUUUUCCACACGCAGAAGGUUCUUUAAGACGCUUCUACGGGUAUGUAAACCUAUGUGAGAUAUUAUAAAGUACUUUUUUGGGUGAUUAUAGGCA